GCUCUCCAUCUCACCUGACCCGCCUCUGACCAGGGAUGCCUCUGAUCCUGGGCCUGACACUGCCCCUCCCUCCCCUCUGACUCCACCUCCCCUCACCCUGGUCUUCCUGCCUCUCCCUUGCCCCCUGCAGGCCAGCUUCUCCCCUUGGCCUCCUGCCUGGACCCUUAGGGAGCCGGUGCCUCCCUGUCCUGGCACUUGUCCUGCAUGUUUGCCCAUCUCCACCCCUCCCUCCACUCCUCAAUUCCCCUCUCCUUCCCUUCUCUUUUUCUUCUUUCCCCUGUGUUGGAAAAAUUCUCAUUGUGGUCCCUUGUACAUGUGCAUGUUCUGCAUCCUCAGUCCUGGAGCAGGUCAGGACAGCAGAACUUGUCUGGUAAACAUUUGAUGUGCACUUGUUUCCGGAAAGCUCUUUCAUCUGCGGUUCCCCCUUCCCCAGGAUCACACAGUCUUCAUUACAACCUCACGGCGCUGUCCCGGGAUGGAUCUGUGCAGUCCAGCUUUUUCGCUGGGGGACACUUGGAUGGCCAGGCCUUCCUGCACUAUGACCGUGAGACAGGCGUAGAACCCCGGGGGCUGUGGGCAGAAGAGCUGGGAGCUGAGACGUGGGACACAGAGUCCAAGGACUUGACAGAGACGUGGAAGGACCUCAGAGAGCUUCUAGCAGAAAUCCUGGCCCUGCAGGAGGAGAAAGGAGGUGUGAAUUCCCUCCAGGAGAUGGGCUGUGAAAUCCGAGAAGACAACCACGCCUGGGGCUUCAGGUUUCGCUACUAUGAUGGGGAGCUCCUCCUCUCCUGUCACCCAGAGACCCAGGGAUGUACAGCGCCCCAGUCCUUGGCUCGGAACUUGGCCAUGGAAAUGGAGAAGUCCUGGGACACAGAUGGCUUUCAAAGCAAGUAUUACCAGGCCCCCGUGCAGGGAGAGCUUUGUGGAAGACUGCAGGGCUAUCUGGAAUCCUGGACAGGCUUCAGGGAGAGAACAGGGCCCCCAGCCGUGAACGUGACCCACAGCCAGGACUUGGAGGGCACAGUCAACCUCACAUGCUGGGCUUUCGGCUUCUUUCCCCAAAAUAUCUCCGUGGCCUGGUUUUGGGAUGAGGAACCCAUGAGCCAGGAGGCCCAGCGGUCUGGGGGUGCCCUGCCUGAUGGGAACGGGGCCUACCGGACCUGGGUGACCAAAAGUGUUCCCCAAGGAGAGGAGCAGCGGGUCCAGUGCCUGGAACACAGCGGGAAUCACAGUGCACACACUGUGCCCUCUGCUGAGCCUGGGGUGAUCCUGGAGGGGCUUGUGACCCUGGAUCAGAGGCCAGGGUCAGGGAGAGGAGAGCAGGCCUGUGGCUCUGGGGUGCCUGGGUUAUAUAUAAUAAGUCCCUCUCUCAGGAGAGACCCUGUUGCAUCAGAGUCAAUAGUGGACCAUCCUGGGUGUUGCUGCCUUUGCUCUUGUUUUUAUCAUUGGGCUUUGUGUCCUUUGCUACUCGAAGAAGAAGAAGAAGACAGCAUUAGCUGUGGGGAGCCCAGGUGAGAAAUCUGGGCGCGGGUGGGGAUGGGAGGGGCUCUGCCUGGGAUGUAGGGUCCCCCUCGUGUCCCUCUGCACAUAUGUGAGAGGAUGACAAGCCUCUGUUCCAAGAGUUGGACAUUGGGGUAUUUGUGAGGGGAAUGGGAGCCACGUCUGCUCUAACCCCUUGGUUCUGCCUAAAGCCAGGGCCAGGCUGGGGCCCUUAGUGUCCAGCGAGGCCUCUCCUUGCUCGGGUGAGACUGGGCAGCAGUGAGGGUUGCAGCUCCUUUUGUUCUCAUCUCUUUUUCUCUACUCUCAGGCUCACCAGGGCUUGUCUGGGGAGCAUGUGUUGGAUCAUGUGCUGGUUGGGAGGGUCUAGGUGAUCCUGGAAUCAGAGGGAACCUGAAGUAAAGUGUUUGUGACCUGGUGAGGAGGGGUUAAAAACUGAGGAGGAAUUCAGAGGAAAGGUGAUUUCCUGUCUGCAUUUCUCUCCCCCAAUUUUUCGCCAGUAUUAAGAAUCCAAGUAGAAGAAUCAUAAGGCUCAAACUAGGGUUCAGUGGAUGGUGCCAGAGCCCUGCCUGUGAUGCUCCCUUGUGAGGCCCCACCUAGAAAUGUUUUGCAACCUCUCCAGUUCCUCCUCCAUGAGCUGUCUUCUGAGUUUCGAUUCCUCUGGGUCACCCCCAGCCUGCAUCCUUCUCAAGUUCCCAUCACUUGCCCCCAUGCUUCCUGGGAUUUCCUUCAUAUGGAGGAGUAGUGAGCAGAUACCGCUUGACCAUUUAGGGAGGGGAGACCAGCCAAUCCUUGGACACCUGGGGUCACUGAUUUUAUCUUACCUCCAGGUUCUUUCCUGUCCAGCCCCUCAGGACACAGUCCAAGGGCUCUUUAGAGGAGGGCCCUGGGUCUGCGUUCUGUGGCCUCACCCUGCCCUCCCUGAGCCAGUUCCCUUGCUCACGGUGGUCACUGCCCUGUAGAUUUGGACAAGGGGAUGGUCACACUGAUUUCCCCAUAAUCAGGUUGCUUGAGGGGAGAGGAAAAGAGCAGCAGAGCUUUGUGUUUGGCAAAGAGCAAAGGCAGAGCGUGGAACAGUGAAAGGGUGGCGUGUGCAGGCUCAGCUCCUUCUGUUGAUGCCACCUCUUUGUGUCACUGGCGUGCUUGGGGACGCGGUUUCUCAUCCACGAGCCUAAUUCCCUUAUCAUUUGGCCUUCAGCCUGGGCAUACAGGGAUGGUUAGUCACCCUGCCCCACAGCGAGAGGCUCUGUCCAUGCAGCACCCAGAGCGGGGUACCAGGCAGCUCUGUAGUUGCUCCUGUUCUCACCUGGGACACCCCCGACCCCUCCCCACCCACCCCACCCUCUCCCUGAGAGAGGGACUUAUUAUAUAUAACCCAGGCACCCCAGAGCCACAGGCCUGCUCUCCUCUCCCUGACCUUGGCCUCUGACCCUCCCAAGGU